AGAGCAGCGAGGCGGUUGCUGUGCCUGGCUCUAGUUCCCGCCCAACUUCGUCCGCCCCCUGACUGUGAAAGCGGCCGCAGAGCAUUGUGGGAGCGGCUCAGGCGGUAAAAUGGAGGAUUUGUCAAACGAAGAAAAGACAGCCAUAGCACCUCCCAUGUUUGUGUUUCAAAAAGAAAAAGGCCAGAAGAGGUCUGCUGACGGAUCAAGUCCAGAAGAAGGUGAAGAUUCUGACAAAGAAGAUGGAGGUUACUGUCCACCCCCGAAACGAGAACGUACAUCAUCCUUUUCUCAGUUCCCCCCUUCUCAGUCCGUGACAAAGAACAAUGUCUUCAUGCCAUCCAGUUUUUGUCAGCCUUCCACAGGGAACUCUGAUUCUGAAGCAGAGGAAAAAUCCAGUGGAUUCAGACUCAAACCUCCCACACUUAUUCAUGGACAAGCUCCCAGUGCAGGGCUUCCUAGUCAGAAACCCAAGGAACAGCAGCGCAGUGUGCUACGUCCAGCAGUAUUACAAGCACCACAACCGAAGACUUUUUGCACACCAUUUGUCAGCAGUGGAACUAAUGGCAUAAGUGUCUCCUCUGAACCAUGUGGUUCAUCUACUAAUAAAAUUUCAACAAGUCAAGCUGCCCCAACACUUACAUCUGAUAAAGCUGGCGAUGCUCAGUCAGAGUCGAUAGCUAUUAAAUUUGGUGUUCUUGAGAGCUCCGAGAGGGUGGAACAGAAUUCUCAACAGUGCUUUGUGUUUGGUCAGAAUCUUCGUGACCGAGUAAAGCUUGGAGUGGAAAGUAAAGAUUCCCUUGAUGUGGCGAACCCUGGGCCGCAAAGUGCAGAUGCUCCAGCGCAGACCAAUUACUUUCUGCAAUACAUUAGCUCCAGCCUUGAAAAUUCCGCGCACAAAGCAGAAGCAGCCUGCAAUAAAUUUGUAUUUGGGCAAAAUAUGAUUGAAAGAGUUUUGAGUCCACCCAAAGUAGAAGCAAGUUCUGACAGCAAUAAGGAGAAUGCUGGAGAAUCUGGAGCUGAGGGAUCUUCAUUGGAAAACACCCCAGAGAAAUCUAACAACAUCUCAGAAUCACUGGUGGAAUCUGCAGCUGCUUACACAAAAGCCACAGCAAAACGAUGUCUUCUGGAGAAAGUAGAGGUUAUCACUGGAGAAGAAGCAGAGAGCAAUGUGUUACAGAUUCAGUGCAAGCUGUUCGUGUUUGAUAAACUGUCUCAGUCUUGGGUAGAGAGAGGCCGGGGUCUUUUACGGCUCAAUGACAUGGCCUCUACAGAAGAUGGCACGUUGCAGUCUAGACUUGUUAUGCGCACACAGGGAAGUCUGCGGUUAAUCCUCAACACUAAGCUCUGGGCUCAGAUGCAGAUAGACAAAGCCAGUGAGAAGAGCAUUCGAAUUACUGCAAUGGACACAGAGGACCAAGGCGUUAAAGUGUUUCUCAUAUCUGCAAGUUCUAAAGACACCGGGCAGCUUUUUGCUGCAAUACAUCACCGCAUUCUUGCCCUUCGGAGCCGUGUAGAGCAGGAGGCUGAGGUGAAGUGUCCUGAACCAUCUAGGGAGGUCACCCAAUCUAAUGAGGAAGACAGUGAUGAUGAUGUCCUUACCCCUGCAGUAGCAGCUACGAGUACACCUAGUGAUGAAGGAGACAAGCCACCCGUAUCCAGUACAUAGCAGCCACUUACCUCAUUCCCAGAAAGAUGGUUGUCCUCACCUGGCAGGAUGACAAUCCACAGAUGCCCCCUCUUUGUAUGCCUCAUGGAAUAUUUAAAACCGGCUACUCAUUACAAAGGUGGACUGGGGACACAGACUUUAUCCACUUACCAAGGAACUGUUCUAUCUUUUUGUUCACUUUAAGUAAACCAGACAAAUACAUUGGGUCCCUAUAUAUAUAUUUUUUAUAGUGUUUUUGGAGGGGAUCUAUGAAGUAUCCAACCUAUAUACAGUGUAGAAUGCUUCAGAAUAAACAGCUCAUCAUAUUGAUGAGCUGUGUGAAAUCCAGUUUUUCCUCCCUCUCCUAUUAUCCGCUGUGCAAUCUGCGUUGCUUUUCCGAGACAUAACUUUAUUUUAUAUGCAUCAGUUUUAGUUUCUAUCUUGCUGCCAACCCCCUCAAUGUUCAUUAAAGGUCCUGCGGUCGUUGGUUGCUUUUACAUUAGGAUUCAGUCCUGUACAGGAACAAAGCAAUUAAUGAACAUGUACAGAAACUCUUCGCUUGAUCCAUUCGCACAUGAAUACCUUGAAGUGGACGUCUUUCACAUUGGAAUUAAACUUCAAUAACACUGACUUUUACAACGCUCUUAAAAUAAGAGCCUCUUCCUUCUUCAGGACUUCGUCAGUCAAAUGAAAUAAGAGCCUCAUACUGUUUUCAUUUCAUUUUCUUUUGGUAACUUUUCUGUUGGUGUUUUUUUAAUUAGUCUGACAUUAAUAUGCUUUUUUUGUGUGCUGAAAAAG